CCUUCUUGCUUGAAAACACACGAAAUGACGACGAAUCGACUUCUGCCUUCGAGAUUAUUGUAACUCGCACGCGAUUGGCUGUCAGUUCAAAAUGUUGGUUAUUGCAGGCGAUGCUGUGCUGAUGUUGUGACGUUAAAGAUUUUCUAAGAGUAUACAUUAAAUAAUCGCGUCCUGAGCGCGUGUAGUUGAUAUUUCCUGUAAAAUUUGUUGAAUAUGGCUGCUGUAAGUUCUAAAUCAAAUGUCGAAAACUUAUCCCCACAAAUAAUCCGACGGGUAGCCAAGGAAAUGAGUGAAUUAGCUGCACAACCACCCGAGGGUAUUCGUGUUAUUUUGAAUGAGGAAGAUGUUACGGAUAUCCAAGCAAUUAUUGAAGGACCGUCUGGAACACCAUAUGCAGGUGGUUUCUUUAGAGUAAAAUUAGCACUCGGCAAAGAUUUUCCCCAAGGACCACCAAAGGCUUUCUUCCUAACAAAGAUCUUUCAUCCAAAUGUUGCGAAAAAUGGAGAAAUAUGUGUUAAUACAUUAAAAAAGGAUUGGAAAUCAGAUCUCGGAAUUAAACAUAUAUUACUAACUGUAAAGUGUCUCUUAAUAGUGCCAAAUGCAGAAUCUGCUUUAAAUGAAGAAGCAGGUAAAUUACUUUUAGAAAGGUACGAUGAUUACUCUGAACGAGCAAAAAUGAUGACAGAGAUACAUGCACAGGGAAGCGGAAAAGGCAGCAAAGCGGGUCUGGAAAGUUGUGCUUCCUCUGAAGUCGGAGGACCUCCCCCCAAAAAGCAUGCAGGAGAUAAAAAAAUUUCAGCAGAAAAGAAAAAAAUGAUAAAAGACAAAAAAAGGACACUAAAGAGAUUAUAAGAAAAAUCAACUUCGUUUAUCUAUCUUUUAUAAUUUAAAACACUGGUGUGGUAAUGUUGCCUCAUAUUGUACACAAUUAUUGCAUAGUAAAAGUUUAUUAUCUAAACACGACUGAUCUUAUUAUUAAGUAUUUAGAAAAUUAAUAAUUCCAGAAGCAUUAAUGAAUGACUUCCUAAGAUGCAAACAAGUACAACUCUGUAGUGAUCUACUUUACAAUCACGAGUGGAAAGUAAUUUAGUCCACUCUGGUAUCUAGUAGUAAAUAUUUUUACAUAUGUACAAAAUACCUCGUGUGAUUAUUUAAAUAAAUAAAGAAUGUUCUCGAAA